AUGAGCGCCGAGGAGGGAGAGGCGGGAGAGACGGGCCCUGCCACAGGGGGAGAGGAGCCGCGGGAGGGCUGCACGACGACAACUGGCGCCACGGGGGAAUACCCGCGAGGACGCCCACGCGACGUGGACGAACCGCGCGAAGGGUCUGGUGGGAAUGAACCGGCGGGGGAACCGGAGAGCGACGGGGAGGACGAGGAUCGGGAAGAGGAGGAGGAGGGCGCGAUGGGGGGUCGUCUUUGCGGGGACAAGUCCCCUGCCGCCCUGCACUCCAGCAGCAGCAGCGAGUCCUGUAUCCCUACGCCAAGCUGCCGGAUCUGCUUCCAGGGCGCCGAACAGGGCGACCUGCUGAACCCGUGCCGCUGCGACGGCUCGGUGCGCUACACCCACCAGACCUGCCUGCUGAAGUGGAUCAGCGAGCGCGGCUGCUGGAGCUGUGAGCUCUGCUGCUACCACUUCAACAUCCUGGCCAUCACCAUGAAGAGGCCCUGGCAGUGGCAGAGCAUCAGCAUCACGCUGGUGGAGAAGGUCCAGAUGGUGGCUGUGUUCCUGGGCUCGCUGUUCCUCAUGGCCUCCAUCACCUGGCUGCUGUGGUCGGCACUCAGCCCCCAGGCCCUCUGGCAGCGUCGCGACGUGCUCUUCCAGAUCUGCUAUGGCAUGUACGGCUUCAUGGACCUGGUCUGUGUCGGCCUCAUCGUGCACGAGGGCGCGGCCGUGCACGGUGUCUUCCUGCGCUGGCGGGCGGUCAACCUGCACUGGGACGUCCACAGCUACGACAAGGCGGCGGACCUGGAGGAGAGCAGCGCGGGGGGCCCCGCCGCCCCCCUCGUCCCCCGGACUCUCUGGCUGCCCCUGGGCCCCCUGGGGGAGAGGCCCCUGCAGACCUCCGAGCUGGCCCCCAACAGCCCCUGGAGCUGCCCCUGCUGGCCCUACCUCUGCCCAUGCGGAGCGGGGCCCGGCGGGGGGGGGGCCCGGGGGUCCGGGGAGGUGGUGGUGCGGGUCACGUCGGUGUGA